CGCCGCCGACAGUGACGCGACGAGCAGCCCUAGGAGCUCCGCGAGGCCACUUCCGCCCUGCCCAUGGUUCCGCGGGCUCCUCUUCUCGCGAGAGGCGCGAGGUGGGAAGCCGGCGGCACGAGAGAAGCCGGGAGCGAGCCCCGGGAGGCAGGUUUUAGGUCCAUCAGCAAGGCAGAAAUGGCAGAUUUUGGGAUCUCAGCUGGCCAGUCUGUGGCUGUGGUCUGGGAUAAGUCAUCCCCCGUGGAGGCUCUGAAAGAUCUGGUGGAUAAGCUUCAAACAUUAACUGGUGAUGAGGGCCAAGUGUCUGUGGAAAACAUCAACCAGCUGUUGCAAUCUGCCCACAAAGAAUCUAGCUUUGACAUCAUUCUGUCGGGUGUAGUUCCCGGAAGCACCACUCUGCACAGCGCUGAGAUUUUGGCUGAGAUGGCCCGGAUCCUGCGGCCUGGCGGAUGUCUUUUUCUGAGGGAGCCAGCAGAGACAGCUGUAGUUAACAACAGCAGAGUGAGGACGACCUCUAAGCUGUGCUCGGCCCUGACUCUUUCCGGUCUCGUGGAAGUGAAAGAGCUGCAGCGGGAGUCCUUGAGCCCCGAAGAGAUUCAGUCUGUCCACGAACACCUGGAUUACCAAAGCGACAGCUUGCUCUCUCUGCACGUCACAGGCAAAAAACCCAACUUUGAAGUGGGUUCCUCUAGUCAGCUGAAGCUUUCUCUUGCCAAGAAGACUUCUCCUCCAGUGAAGCCUGCCAUGGACCCUGCUGCGGCCAAGCUCUGGACCCUGUCUGCCAACGACAUGGAGGACGAGAGCGUGGAUCUUAUUGACUCAGACGAGCUGCUGGAUCCAGAAGAUUUUAAGAAGCCAGAUCCAGCUUCCCUGCGGGCUCCUUCAUGUGGAGAAGGGAAAAAGAGGAAAGCCUGCAAGAACUGCACCUGUGGCCUCGCAGAAGAACUGGAAAAAGAGAAGUCAAGGGAUCAGGCGAGCUCCCAGCCCAAGUCAGCCUGUGGAAAUUGCUACCUGGGCGACGCUUUCCGCUGUGCCAGCUGCCCCUACCUCGGGAUGCCAGCCUUCAGACCGGGGGAGCAGGUGCUCCUGAGCCCCAGCAACCUCAGUGACGCCUAGGAGGGACCCGCCGCGGCGCGCAUCUGCUCCUCCGGCCACCUCCGCCCGUCCCAUCCCACCACUGCGGCUCCUCGCCCCUCCUCUGCACUUGCUCGCGCUCUGCUCGAAAUCCAUUUGCAGGGAGCGUGCUCGGGCCAUGCAGUGCAGCGGGCUCUGGGGUGCAGUGGUGUGCGGUGCUGCUAUCAAAAGACCUAGGUGUCACGGGCCCUGGUUCCUCCCCAGUGGGGGGACCUGUUUCUCCACCUCGUGUGAGGGAGCGCGUCCUGAAGAGGCAGCUCUGCCAGCAUCACAGUGCUGACCUGUCACUCGGAGCCCAGACACCCUGGAGUACUAGCGCUCUGUGACAGAGAGGGCCCCCACCCCACUUCCAGCUCAGCACUAGUGCCACGAGCUGUCUUCCAGAGGCGGCAGUCUCCUCAACACGGCAGCGUUUGGUGACGUGAGUCGCGUGUCUCACGGCCUCCUAAGGGCACCAAAGGAAUCACCCAUUGGUUGCUGUGAUCAUACUUCGUGUCCCUCUGUCCCUUCCGUCCCACCGCACCCCUGUUCUGCUGUAUUAUAUCUGUCUCGUGGUUCCUGUUCAUCCACAGUUAUUAAAGUUGUGUCCUUCAGUGUA